AUCCAGGUACAAUCAAUAUGUCAAAAGUUACAGUGUAAAUUCUAUUCGAAAUUUACUAAUGAGCAGAUUCAAACGAUUAGAGAUCAUUUUACCAAAAAGCCCAACAUAGAAUUCACCGAUGAUCAGGAUAAUUCUUCAGAUGAUUUACCAGAAACUGAGCCUCCGACUCAAAAGUCAAGACCCGAAAGAGAAACAAGAACAGGUUAUCAAAAUGGUACUGGAGCGGUUUCCUUAUUUGUCUUUAAAAUAUAG